ACCCACCCCUUUCUGAACAGACAUAAAAGGAACAGAAACGUGAUUUCACCCUGUUCCUGACACAGAAUGGAUCUGCGAAUCUCUGUCGUUCUUCUUUUCGUUUUUCUCACUGGAGGAUAUUCGCUCAGGUGUUACACGUGCUUGGCUGAUUGGUCGGGUUAUUGUGCAGCAAAAAUGCAAACAUGUCCAGAUGGAUCUACUCACUGUAUAAAAACAGAGCACAGAAAAUAUAAUCCAAAUGGAGGUUACAGUGUGAGGUCUGUAACUAAAAGCUGUGCGUAUUCGUGUAUUCGUUAUUCUGGAGGGUCAGAUAAAGUUUACUGCUGUGACACUGACCUUUGCAAUGCAGCAGACGGAGUGUAUAAGGGAAGCUUCCUCCUGCUCUUCUCUCCUCUGCUCUCCUAUUUCCUGUUUCAGUGAGUCCAGAUGCACUUCAGUUUCUACAGACCAUCACAAAAACUCAUUAUGAUACACAGUCUGAUGCAUCGCUGUACUUUACUGAAUAAAGCUUGUUUGUUGCUCUGAUGUUCUUUGAUAGCAUGAUUUCAGGAACUCAAAAAUAUGCAUUUUAAUAUUAAACAAAUAUACUGUA